AGGACAACUGCAAACUCCGAACUGGGCCCUGGACAAGAUUCUGACCCGGAGGAAGGUCCUAGUAUGAGUGGUGGGAAAAAGAAAGCAAAGACGGUGAGCUCAAGGCAAUAUAGUGAAAGCUAUCUUUCGUUUGGAUUUACUUUCACCGGGGAUGAGACGACACCUAUUCCAUUGUGCCUGGUAUGUGGCGAGAAGCUAUCCAACAAUGCCAUGGUGCUUAAACGCCAUCUCCAAACGAAACACCCGUCGCUUCAAAACAAGCCAAUGGACUAUUUUGUUCGCCUGCGUGUUAACACAGCAAAACAGGCAACGUUUAUGAGAAGAACCACAAAGGUAAAUGAGAAAGCGCUCAAAGCUAGUUACCUAGUUGCCGAACUCGUUGCUAAAUCCAAAAAGUCGCACACUGUGGCAGAGACAUUAAUACUACCUGCCUGUAAAGCCAUUGUCAACGAGAUGCUCGGCCCUGACGCGGUUAAAGACAUCGCUAAAGUCCCGCUCUCUGAUAACACAAUUGCCAGGCGUAUUGAUGACGUUGGCGUUGCAAGUGGACGAGUCUACAGAUAUUAGUGGACAUUCUCAGCUCUUGGCCAAUGUGCGUUUUGUGGAUGGAGAUACGAUUAGAGAAAACUUCCUAUUUUGCAAGGCACUGCCAGAAAAAACAACUGGAGAGGAAAUUGUUCGGGUCACAUCGGAAUAUCUUGACCAGGGAGGACUUACGUGGGAAAACUGCACAAGUGUUUGCACUGAUGGAGCUGCAGCCAUGGUCGGGCGCACCAAAGGCUUCGUGAGUCGAGUGAAGGAAAGAAACCCAGGUCUGAUUGUUACGCACUGUUUUUUGCACCGUGAGGCCCUCGUCGCUAAGACUUUACCAGCAGAACUGGUUCCUGUGUUGGAUGGUGUGGUGCGCAUGGUGAACUUUGUAAAGACACGACCUCUGAAAAGCCGGAUAUUCGCAUCUCUGUGUGAGGAAAUGGGAGCGGAGCAUAAAGCCUUAUUGCUCCAUACAGAGGUCCGAUGGCUGUCGCGAGGAGCGGAGGAGCUCCAAGAAGACUACUUUGUCCCCUUCCUGCUGAAGGUUAUCAAUAUCCAGGUGCAGCUCAAUAAAUGA